GUGGGGACGCGCCGCGCUGCUGCCGUUACCUCGCCCGAUGUGUGUGAGUAUGAGCAUAACUUUGUACUGUGCACUGCAAAAACCUGUACAAGCAAAUAGUAUGAAUAGUGCAAAAAGCUGUUAAGUUUCUACAGGCAUCUCCUGGACUGGAAUUCAAGAGAAUGGUCCUAUCCCAGUGACGGCAUUCUGGGUUUAUGGGCAGCAUCAUAAAAUCUUAAUCAAGUGAAAAUGGCCUUUAGCAAUCUGACAUCAAAGGCUGUACUACUGUAUGAUGAAUGGAUUAAAGAUGCCGAUCCAAGACUUGAAGGCUGGCCACUCAUGUCUUCACCUUUUCCAACAACGUUUAUCAUUGGAACCUACAUUUAUUUUGUCACUUCCUUGGGACCCAAACUGAUGGAAAAUAAAAAACCUUUUGAACUCAGGCAGAUAAUGGCAUGUUACAAUUUUAGUGUGGUAGCCCUCUCUCUAUAUAUGACUUAUGAAUUUCUUAUGUCAGGUUGGGCCACAGGGUACUCAUUCCGGUGCGAUAUCGUUGACUACUCAAGGUCACCUACAGCUCUAAGAAUGGUACGAACUUGUUGGCUUUACUACUUUUCCAAGUUCAUUGAAUUAUUAGACACUAUAUUUUUUGUGCUGCGUAAGAAAAACAACCAAGUAACAUUCCUGCAUGUCUUUCAUCAUUCCAUCAUGCCAUGGACCUGGUGGUUUGGAGUCAAAUUUGCUGCAGGUGGUUUGGGAACAUUUCAUGCUUUGCUGAACUGCAUUGUCCAUGUUGUCAUGUACACUUAUUACGGAAUCUGUUCUUUGGGACCAGCCUAUCAUAAAUACUUAUGGUGGAAAAAAUACAUGACAACUAUACAACUCGUCCAGUUUAUUAUGAUUACAUGCCAUAUAGGACAAAUCUACAUGAUGGAUGAUUGUCCAUACCAGUAUCCAAUUUUCAUGUUUAUUAUUUGGCUGUAUGGCUCUGUGUUUUUAGUCUUGUUUCUCCACUUCUGGUACCACGCUUACACGAAAGGAAAAAGACUACCAAAGAUGGCAAGAAAUGGGAUCAACAAAGAUCAGUGAAACAAACUCUUGUCUCUAAAAACAAAGAAAUGCAUAUGUCAAUGUGGAAAUUUGUGCUACUUGACAAUCAAGAUAUUUAGGUGCACACACUACGCAGUGUAUAUUUUGUAUGUUUUCUUCCAAAACUGAAUUUGUAUUUUUACCAUAAGUUAAUUGGGGUUCAGAAUUUGGGGGACAGGAGGAGCAGUGUGGAUCUCUGAUUUAAAAAAAAAAAAAAAAAGGUGGUUUUUUUCAACAACUUGUUCAUGUUUAUCCUAUAAGAAAUUAAUGGAUAGAUGAUCUCUAUCUAGAAGAUACAUGAAAAUACAUUCAUUGGGAAAAUUAAAAUGUGUAUGACAAGUACUGAGUACUUUGAACACUGAGGGGAUAAAAUUACUUUACCUUAAAUGUUAUAUAAGUUGUUGAGAUUGUCAGCUGCAUUUUAUUAAAAGAAUGAAUCUUCAGUAAGUACUGUUUAUAGAAUCUAAAGGUUAUUAUUAAUAUAGUUAAUACAUAAAUGUUACAUUUGUUUAUGAACUAUAUUACUUUAAAGAAAGGAAUGUAUGUUAAUCUGUCAAGGUAUGGCGUUUCAUUUGAAGAUCAUAGAUUUUUGGAUAUACUGUCUUUUACUAAGAUAACUUAAUUCAUUUCACGUUCUACUCACUUGAAUGUUAUUCUAAAUGUCAGAAAGCUACUAUUUUGAGGAUUAUCUGAACUGUCUUGUAGUGUAAUGAUCAAAACAUCUUACUUAUCUGUUCACCAAAGUAGCCUAAUAUACUUAUUCAAUGUAUUUAUGGAUAUCUUUUGAAAUUGGUAGCCUAGGCUGUUUGAGGGGGGGGGGAGGAAUCUUAGCCUUGAUUCAAUAGCCAAAAUCGUAGCCCUCAAACAAGUUUGAAAAAAAUAUUUUUUGAUUGAAGCCUAAAUGUCACUUAGCAUGACUGUACUGUGCUCUAUUUUCUUCCAUAUCUGUUGAAAUAUAUGCCUAGAAAGAUUUUCUGUUAGGUUUUUUUUCAUGAUUGUUUUUGACAACUCAAGGUUAAAGUUUCUCCAUUAAUAGCGCCAGUUACCUUGUCAGAAACUAGGCAAAAAGAUAUGUGCCAUUCUCUGAGCUGCUGCGAGUGGGUCAGGCAGUGGUGACCAGGCACGAUUCCAGUCUAUGCAGAAUUAACUGGUAUGUUGUUUUCCGUGAUUGUUAUGGUCACACGUGUAGAUUGUUAUGGUCACACGUGUAUAGAAACCAAACGACUUAGCUACUUGUAUGCAAGUUGCAUUUGUACUGUACAAAUUAUUAAGGAAUUGGUGCACGUAACAGACCUGUAAAUGAGGAGUUAAAGGUAUUUAAAUUAAUGUUAACAUUAAAAGUACCAGUUCAUAUUAUGUUCACUACUAACAGAAAAGAACCUUGCGAUAUUUGCUUUGUGCUUGAUCUACCUGUGCGAUUUUUCAAAUACCCAAAUCUUUGGGGCAGGUUUUCAUUUCCUCCCUGUUGCACAAUUCCAAGAAAGUUUUGUUACCUGAAUACUUAUGGGGAUACUGACAUUUAUAGUGUAUUAUUACUGCUAAAAGGAUUUAAACUUUAUCUUGAACAUGAGUUGCAAAUGAUUUCUUAUGAGAUUACAUUAUGAGUCUUUAUAAAAUAAAUUAAA